AUGUCUGAAGAAUUCCCAACUCCCCAACUAAUCGAUGAUUUGGAGCAACAUCCACAGCAUGAUAAUGCUCGUGUCGUGAAGGAUUUGCUUGCAGGUACAGCAGGUGGUAUUGCACAAGUGCUAGUUGGUCAACCUUUUGACACGACAAAAGUUCGACUUCAGACAUCGAGCACUCCAACCACUGCCAUGGAAGUAGUCAAAAAGCUGCUUGCUAAUGAGGGCCCUCGUGGGUUUUACAAAGGAACUCUCAUCCCGUUAAUCGGUGUUGGUGCAUGUGUUUCACUACAAUUUGGUGUUAAUGAAGCUAUGAAGAGAUUCUUUCAUCAGCGUAACACUAAUGAAUCUUCAACUUUGUCACUACCACAAUAUUAUGCAUGUGGUGUCACAGGCGGUAUAGUGAACUCAUUCUUGGCGUCUCCAAUUGAGCAUAUUAGAAUUCGCUUGCAAACGCAAACUGGUUCAGGUGCCGACGCAGAAUUCAAGGGACCUUUAGAUUGCAUCAAGAAACUGAGAAAUAACAAAGGAUUGCUACGUGGUUUGACACCCACAAUAUUGAGAGAAGGUCAUGGAUGCGGUACGUAUUUUUUAGUAUAUGAAGCACUGAUUGCGAACCAAAUAAACAGCAAACAUGGACUGGAAAGAAAGGACAUUCCUGCGUGGAAACUGUGUAUUUUUGGAGCAUUAUCCGGUACUGCCUUGUGGUUGAUGGUAUAUCCGUUAGAUGUUAUUAAGUCCGUCAUGCAGACGGAUAAUUUACAAAAGCCCAAGUUUGGUAACUCUAUUCCCAGUGUUGCGAAGAAUUUAUACUCCAGGGGAGGCAUUGCAGCCUUUUUCAAAGGAUUCGGACCUACCAUGCUAAGAGCAGCACCAGCUAAUGGAGCCACUUUUGCCACAUUUGAAUUGGCAAUGAGAUUAUUAGGCUGA